AUGGGAGAUGCGAAGUUAUGGUGGAGGGCGUUUGUAGAGGAUGGGGUAGUGGGUUUGCCUCCGUUGACUUGGACUCAGUUGUACCAGAUUUUUCUUGAGAAAUAUUUUCCUCGUACCUUGAGGGACAGGAGGCGUGAUGAGUUCAAUAAUAUUGAACAAGAUAACUCUUCUGUCGCUACUUACGAGUCCCGAUUUCACUCUUUGGCUCGUUAUUCUCUCCAGCUUUUACCUACUGAGGAGGAGAGGCCUACUUAUAAUGUUGAGAAGUUAGCCAAGAUCUACAUUCGUGAGAUUGUUAGCCUGCAUGGGGUUCCUAUUUCUAUCAUUUCUGAUAGGGGCACGACGUUUACAUCUCAGUUUUGGAAGCAUUUGCAUUUUGAAUUGGGUACUAGGUUGGACCUUAGUACAACUUUCUACCCUCAGACAGACGGUCAGUUCGAGCGGACGAUUCAGGACCAGUUUUCACCAUUGGCGGAGUUCUCUUAUAAUAAUCAUUAUAAUUCGAGUAUUGAUGUGGCUCCGUUUAAGGCACUUUAUGGGAGGAAGUGUAGAUCACCUAUUGGGUGGUUUGAUGCGUUCGAGAGUAGGCAGAAGGAGUAUGCGGAUCGAAAGGUCCGGGAUCUCGAGUUUAUUGUGGGAGAACAAGUGUUGUUGAAAGUCUCACCCAUGAAGGGUGUGAAGAGAUUCGAGAAGAAAGGUAAGCUUAGUCCUAGAUAUAUUGGCCCGUUUGAGAUUCUCCAUCGUGUGGGGGAGGUAACAUAUGAGUUAGCUUUACCCUCAGGUUUGUCUCUGGUGUUUCAUGUCUCUAUGCUGAAAAGGUAUCAUGGUGAUGGGUCCUAUAUCAUUACCUGGGAUUCCGUUCUGUUGGAUGAGAAUUUGUCCUAUGAGGAAAAGCCUAUCGCUAUAUUAGAUAGGGAGGUGCGUAAGUUGAGGUCGAAAGAAAUCGCGACAGUUAAGGUCCAGUGGAAGAAUCGUCCUGUUGAGGAAGCCACCUGGAAGACUGAGUCAGAUAUGCGUAACAAGUAUCCCCAUAUUUUUGCUGAGUCAGCUACCUUUUCCCUUGUUUCCUUUCCUCUUGUUCGUUCGGGGACGAAUGAUUGUGUUACACCUCGAAAAAAUAUUCGUUAA